AUGGGUUAUAGGUUUGUUCUGUUUCAGGAAACUUUAAGCACUUAUCCAGCCUCUUUCUCCACACCAAUCCUCUACCUGGUGCAUAAGCUAUCGUGUCGCGGACGUAUCGAUGAUCUGGUGAACGAUAUUUAUUUCUUUGUCAAGGACCACUAUUUGAUUGGCGAGCAACUCACCUAUACUGGUGGCCGCAAAAAGCGCGUAAAAAUCCUAAAAGUGACAUACAGCGACGUGGAAAAUGAUGCCGAGGCUAGUGCCAGCCAGUGCACUGAUGCUGCCAAGAAGCCUGCUAUCUUCCUUAAAAGAGGCGAGCUAUUAAUACCAUCAGCGGAGCGUUACACUUACGAUAUUUCAUUGCUGGACAAAAACAAUGUUGAGACGGGUGAAAUUCGAGAACGAGUCAGUCAUCAGCAACUUCUGUAA